AUAACAGAAGAGUAUCCACCCGUUAGAACGGGAGGUUCCUUGUUAUUAGCUUGGCGUACUAAUGCCAAAAAUAUUCUGAUAGUAGGAGGAGGAGAAGUAGCAUGUGGAAGGGUAUUAAAAUCGCUUGAGGCAGACGCAAAAGUAAUAUUAGUUUGUCCCGAACAAGGGUUACAUCCCGAGUUAAAAUAUCGUAUCCGAAAAAAUCAAAUUUACAAAUAUAUUAACAGAAAAUUUGAUCCAAUUGAUUUAGAAGAGGAUAUUGAUAUUGUGUUAACGGCCAUAGAUGAUCCAAUUGAAUCUAAAGAAAUUUAUCGAUUAAGUAAAGAAAAAAAACUCCCUAUUAACGUAGCUGAUGUACCACCUUCAUGUGAUUUUUAUUUUAUGUCAGAGUAUAGAGACGGUCCUUUGCAAAUUGCAGUUAGUACAAAUGGCCAAGGACCUAAGUUAGCCAACAUUGUUCGUGACCAUAUUUCUAAAAACCUUCCAGAUGGUAUUAGUGAAGCUAUUACUAAAGUAGGAAUUCUAAGACAAAAAGUUCGUAAAAUUGAUCCAGAUCAUAAAUCUUCGGGUAAUCGUAUGAGAUGGAUGUCAAAAUUUUGUGAAGAUUGGACAAUUGAAGAUUUACGAAAGUUGGACGAUAAUUUUAUUGAAAAUUUAUUACCUUAUUACGAGAAACAUAUAGUUCCAAGCUUUGAA